GGUUUCUAUUCGAACCGUAGCAACCACAUGUUGACAACGGAAGGUGAAGCGCGUUCCAGAACACCAGAUCAAUACGGAAUUCCCUUUAAAAGCAAUUUUUUUUUCAGGAAGGGGGCAUAAGUAUGCUACCCUAAAGUUACUUGCAUUCUCAAACAUUCAAAAUGGUUUCUAUCACUGAAUCAUUUCACACAAAAUCUCCAUAUGGAACGUUUCGUCUCCACCUCGCCGAAGAUCCGAUAGCCACACAACAACGCGCACAGCGACAAAAAAUUAGCGGUAAAUUCCCAGCAACUCAGGGUAUCUACGAUGUGCUAUCCUUUCAAGAACGUGACGAGUCGAACUAUAAGAUUUACAAUGAAGCUGGAGAAAGGCGAGCUGACGCGCCGAGGAGGCAAAACACUCCUGUUGUAGACCCCACUAGCGGUUUCACGUCGGUCGGGGCCGACGCCGAGGAUGGUAGAUAUACCCCAAUAGAUCCACUAGUAAACAAGGACCAUAGGCCUCAGUCAGCCAAGCCAUACGGCAGGCCUAUAACUUCACCUAUUCCUGAAUUACGAACACAGAAUGCGCCCUGGGAGAGUCAGAAUAAAGGUUUUGAGCAUUUAGGCUCACAACAGAAGUCAGGAAAGGUACCAGCAACUGAGCUAAUGAAAAAUAAAGAAUGGCGGGACGCAGUGGCAACUAGAUCAUUUUACACAUCCCAAACCCAGAGGUUGUACAAUGGUGUGGACUGGGCAAAUAGUUUGCCUCCAGCUCUUGAUCCACCAUCCACUACACUGGAGUUCCGCCCUGAUAUGGUAUCUCAGAAGUUCUCCUUAAAGAGAUAUGAUGCUCGACCAGCGAAAUGGCAGGAGCUGGGAUGCAGGCCACAUAGCUGGGACUACACUCAGUCUAGGAAUGGACACUACAUUUACAAAAAAGUUGACUUCUGUAGUCCAAGCAAAAAAGUGGGACAUAUUCCUGGUUACACGGGUUGUACAUCUGGAUAUGGAGAAAGAGAUUAUCCAGGAAAACCAUUUGGGGCUAUCACUUUAGUACGCUCAGGCAAGCCACGAUACACAGAUACCGCCAGGAAAGGCAACAUCCCUGGCUAUACUGGUUGUGUGCUUUUCACAAACCAUCAUCCAAGUCACUCCAAGGAACCACAACCCAAAGUACCAACAACAGCCAGAGUGCACAGAACGUUGCAAGUACCAACUCCAGUCAACCUAUCACCAUUCAAUCGAACAUCUGCUAUGUCGAAAAUGGUUACCCUUGUCCAUCCAUUCAAUCCAUACAAUAAGAUUGAUUAGAGCUUCUGUUUUUCAUUGAGUGAGCAAAUGUUGUUAGUUAGCACAAUUUGUAAAUAUAAUAGUCCCUAAAAAAAAUUUUCAAAUAGCAUUAGUUUUGCACAAUCUUCUCUGUCUAGCAAUAUUCUUUGUGAAUAUGUGAAUAAUGAAGCUGUAAUAUUAAUUUAUUGAACCUGUUUUGGUAAAAAAAAAAUAUGAAAGUUCCUAUUAGAAAAUAGUCUCAUGUGCAACUUUUCUUAAUGUCAGCCUGACUUCAUUUGUACAUUAAAGACUUCAUUUGUACAUUAAA